AUGGCCGCCGUCUCUUCUCCCAAUCCAUGGGGAAAAAUCAACGAAGAAGAAAACGAGAGGCUCAUGGCCCGUCGAAAGACUAGGAAGAGAAUCAUAAUCAUCGCCUUUUCUUCCAUCAUUCUUGUUGCCGUCGUCGUCGUUGCCGCCGUCGUCGGAGCGUCACGCGCCGCCAAGGACGGAGACUCCAGCGACAGACGAGGAAACGACAGGUCCAUUUACGCGAGCAUCAAAGCUAUUUGCGACGUUACAUUGUACCCUGACUCAUGUUACAGUAGCCUCGCUCCUUUAGUGACGUCGAAAUCGGCUCUCACUCCUCAGGAAAUCUACAAACUUUCGGUGCAAGUCGCGAUUAGUGAGCUCGCCGGCGCGUCGGAAAAGUUUCUCCGCGGCGGCGCGUUCAACAAGAGCGAUCCGGCUGUGGAAAAAGCGCUGGAGAGCUGCGGCGAGCUGUUGUCGUUAGCCAUGGAUCAUCUCAACGAUUCACUGUCGGUCGAGAAGAAAUCCACGGUGGCCGGCGCGUUUGACGACCUGAAAACGUGGCUGAGCGCCGCCGGGACGUUCCAGCAGACGUGCAUAGACGCGUUCGAGAACGCGACGGACGCGGCGGCGAAAACGGCGGCGGAUCACGCGCUUAACAACGCUACGCAGUACACGAGCAACAGCCUGGCGAUUAUGAGCUCGGUGGUGGAGUCUAUUAGCGCCCUCGGCGGCGUGGGGCGGCGGAGACGGCUGAUGAUGAGCUCGCCGGAGGUGUGGUUGUCGCCGGAGGGGAGGCGGCUGCUUCAGGCGAAUAUCAAGGCGGAUGUGGUGGUGGCGAAGGAUGGUUCGGGGAAGUACAAGAGGAUUAAAGAUGCACUGAAAAGUGUUCCGAAGAAGAGCAAAAAGAGGUUUGUGAUAUAUGUGAAGAAAGGGGUUUACAAUGAGAAUGUUAGGGUUGAGAAGAAUAUGUGGAAUGUGAUGAUGAUUGGUGAUGGCAUGGAUGCUACCAUUGUCUCUUCCAACCUCAACUUUGUUGAUGGAACUCCAACUUUCCAAUCCGCUACAUUUGCGGUUUUCGGCAAGGGGUUUAUAGCCCGAGACAUGGGAUUCCGGAACACCGCCGGAGCAGCCAAGCACCAAGCGGUGGCGCUAAUGUCGACGGCGGACCAAUCCGUUUUCUACCGCUGCAAAAUGGACGGCUUCCAGGACACUCUCUACGCCCACUCAAACCGCCAGCUCUACAAAGACUGCACCAUCAUCGGCACCGUCGACUUCAUCUUCGGAAACGCCGCCGUCGUCCUCCAGAACUGCCGGAUCCGCCCCAGAAAACCCAUGGCCGGCCAGCAAGACACCAUCACCGCCCAGGGAAAACUCGACCCGAACCACAACACCGGCAUUUCCAUCCAAAACUGCGCCGUUUCGCCGCUCGGGAACCUCACCGGCGUCAACACCUUCCUCGGCCGGCCGUGGAAGAAUUAUUCGACCACCGUUUUCAUGCAGACCGAGCUGGGAGGGCUGAUCCACCCUAGUGGGUGGAUGCCGUGGGUGGGGACCACCGCCCCCAACACCAUAUUUUACGCGGAGUUUCAGAACUGGGGCCCAGGGGCUGUGACCAAGAAUAGGGUUAAGUGGAGGGGAUUGAGGCUUAAUCUUAGCGCCAGAAUAUUAAGCAGGUUCACCGUUAAACCUUUCAUUAACGGGGAUAGGUGGCUGCCGGCGGCCGGUGUUCCGUUCAAAGCUGGCCUUUAA